AAUGCACUCUUAUGUAGAUCUUGAAUCAUAUACAGUAUACACAUUUGGUAGGGUGUAUUAAUAGAAAAUGUAAAGUGCUCUUCUCAUCUGUGAUAAAGACUGUGGAAGAACACCCUAAGGUGAAAGUUGACAAAGAGACUGCGAUUCUGGUUCAAGCCAUGCUUUGCGAAGGAAGAUUGUUAAGCAUGACCUAUGGUGAGUUGGAGGAGCUGGAUCCCCUUCCUCCUAAGAAAGCUCCCCAGAGAGCUUAUGGGCUGCAGAGAGCAGCCGCUACCCUGGUGCCAGGCUCCAUCACACAUACUCCCCUCGUUCAUCCCAAUUUCCCCGAGCUGACAGGUUGUACGGACAACAGGAGCUAUUCGGUGGAGUUAUACAAUUCUCCGCUGCAGUCCUUGGAUCUCCACAGUGCCCAGCCAGGGAGACAGAUCUCUCUGGAGAUAGAGAUCCCAGCUCAGGCUCCCUCAGUUGGCGAUGCCCCUUUCUUGGUUCCCUCCUUUUGUCAGAGCAUCUGCUUUAAUUACAGCGACCUCCAUAUUGGAGGCGACCAGGUGCUGCCUCUAUCAACCAAUGAUGGUGAGCUCCGGAUCGGUACUGAAGCCCAGGCUGUAGGCCCUUUCCUCCAUUCCUGUGAUGUCCCCCCAGCUGUGGAGGAUUCUCUCCCAGGACAGACAUCUCAGGGUGGACUUCUGCAUCCACUGAGGGGGAGUUCAAAUCGCUGGAGACUAGGGAGUGCCCGUGAUCGGAGUGUUUUGUUGCAGGGGCGUGAAGGUCCAUUCUCCAACUCUCUUCUAAAUCACUAUCUGGAGCAGAAACUUUUAGAUUUGUACCAGCAAUAUAUGAUGGAGAACAUGGCCAGGCAAGGAGCCUUAGGUUCGGAUUCGGACCAAGGACCCAUUUGCCCUCUGCUGGGCUCAGAGCUGGUCCUGACCAGCCUAGACCAGAUCACUCUGCAGUUGAGUCGGGAUGGGAACCUGGAUGCCGGCCUGGCCAAAGACAUGGUCCUCAGCUGCCUGCUGCGGGUGGCUGGUGACAUGCAGUCAAGUGAGAUCAGCACUCCCUUUCUACAAAUGUCAAAUGAAGCAUCCAGGGAGCAGCUCACAGAGAAUAAAGAGGAGCAACCCCAGUGUCAAGAAACUCACUCAUCCAAUUCGCCUUCUCCUUUUAGUUUUCUUUCCAAAUAAGAUGAAAAUGAUAAACUUAAUUUCAUGAUUUUCUAUUAGAAACGGUGGUGAACAAAUUAUAUAUGUGCUUAACAAUUACCUGAAUAUAUUAAAGCUGUAUAGUAUGCAGCAAUGCAAAUGGUCUAUAUCUAUGUUCAUGUGAUGUGCUGUUGUUGCUGCAGUUUUCACUUUCUCAAG